AUGACCUAUAAGAGCAUUUUAAAAUUAGACAAUUUUACCAUCAAUGUUCUAGUUGAUUCUCGAUUGGCUCACACACAUCGAUCAGAUACGUGCAAAAUAUGUGAUGUCUUAGAUAAAAAACUCAAAUAUGUGACCCUCGACGAAAAUGAACGAAAAGUUUUAGCAGCGAAAAAGAAGUUGCCUAAAAUUAAGGCCGAUUUGUUUUUCAAGGAGCUAAAGGAGAAAACCACAUUGUACAAGCAUAGCGACAUAGUGGAAGUUGUGACCUUUGGCCUCCAACAAAAUCUUUCACUUCCAAAAAUUCCUGCUGGGGAAGCUUUCUACAAACGCCAGUUGUGGACAUACAACUUCUGCGUCCAUUCUGGUAAGAAAAAUCAAGCACACUUUUAUAGGAUAUCAUACAAUUUUAGUCCAAAUUAG